AUGAUGAAAAUAUAUUCUUUAAUAUAUUUCUCAAUAUUAAUUGUUAUAUCAAAACAAGAUUCAAUAAGUCCACUUCAUGGUUUGUUCUAUGAUUUAAAUCAAACAAAUAUUUAUUAUGGAUCAAUAAAUGUAACUGAUGGACAAUUUAAUAUAGUUAAUACAUUGAAUAUAAAUGAUGUAGGAAAUCCUAAACUUAGUAAAUAUCCUGUUUUACCAUUAGCAUAUGAUCCAAAUAAUGAUGUUAUUUAUAUAUCAGCUCCAAAUAAUGAAAAUCGAAAACCAAUCUUAAGUGUUAUUAAUGCAACAACUGGACUUCUUAUGCGAAUGUUUAAUACAAUUGAAUAUGAUAUUGUAUCUCUUCAAUAUGAUAUUUUUCAAAAACAAUUAUUUGCACAUAUUGAAACUAAUCAAGAAAAUCUUACACAAAUUGUUGAAAUUGAUACAAAUAAUGGAAAUAUCAAACAAAUUUUAGGAACUAUUCAAAAAUCUAAACCAACUCAUAUAUCAAGUUAUUGUCCAAUAUGUCGAAAAUAUUUUCUUAUAGCUAUACAAGAUAAUCAUUAUACAUAUAUUGGUGUUAAUUCAAGUGAUGGUGGUGGUAUUAGUUGGCAAACACCUAUUCAUUUUGCUCCGAUUAGUAUACGUUUUGAUUAUAAAACAUUUACAAUGUAUUCAGUAUAUAUUAAUCAAACUGAUCAAAUAAUGUCACUUGUGGGAAUUUUAAAUCGAACAAUAGGCGGAAUUGGACAAAUUGUUGGAACAAUAUCUUAUGAUUCAAUUCUUAUUGCUACGCAACUUUCAGCAUUUGAUAUUGAACAAAAAAUAUAUUAUGCAUCAUUUCAAGCAGAUUGGCCAUAUUCAACAGGAAUUUCUACUCUGAAUUUAAAUACAACAGUACAAAAAUGGACUUUUCUACCAAAAAGCAAUUAUUAUUCAUAUGCUUGGUUUGUUAAACAAUUUGUUCAUUAA